ACGGGUUGCACCAUUCAAAAAAACUGUUGGUUUACAAACCGACAAUAUAUAAGUGGCAACAUCGUACUUCAUUCGAUUAUUUCAUUCGAAUCCGAGUGUCGUCUGUAAACAAGAUUGUCAAAGAAAGUUUUGUAAGGUUAUGUCAAUUGAAAUUUGAAUUUGAAGUACAUUGUUUUCUUGCAAUUCUGUUUGUAUUAUACUUAAGUAUCAUACUUGCGAUGGAAAAUAAAGGAAGCCACUUCUCUAGUUUAGAGAAAGAUAUCAUUUUAGAUUUAGCUAUUAAAUAUAAAUGUAUAAUAGAAAAUAAACAAACAGAUGGAGUUACAAAUAAACAAAAAGCCAUUGCAUGGGAAAAUAUUAGCAAAGAAUUUAAUGCCAUGAACGUGAAUACACACCGAACCUCGAAACAAAUUAAGACCUUUUAUGAAAACAUCAAAAGAAAAAUUAAAAAGAAACAAGCAAUAGAAAAGGUAGAAAAAUACAAGACAGGAGGUGGUCCAGAAGAAACUACAACUGUUUUAUUACCUGGUGAGGAAAGAUUAGUAGGAGCACUGAAGGAACAAUUUAAACCUGGCCAAAAUGUGUAUGAUUCCAGUACUUCAUUUUAUGAAGGCAGGUGGUAAAAUUUUGUUUACAUUA